AAGAAAGGGCUUCUCCUAAGAAAUACAAGCCGCCCGGAGCCGGGGAGCGCAGCCCUGCCGCCACCCGCCUCACCCCAGUCCCUGGAAUUCGCUUCGCUAAAGAGCCGGGAAAGGGACUCCUCCUCCAGACCGCCUUUCCGAGAGGGGAAUAAAAGCUGCUUUGUGGCAAUGUUAGAUCCUUUGGAGAACAAUCUCUUUGAUCUCCCUGAUUACGAGAACACCGAGGACGAAACAUUCCCACCUCUCCCACCUCCUGCCUCCCCUGGAAGGGACGAUGCUGAGUGGGCUCAGGCUCAUGCAGAUGAGAAGCAGCAGACACAAAGCAAGGACUCUGCUGUGGUCCCACGGAAUGCUCUUAAAAGGCCAAGGCCCAAACUGGAUGCCCAGAGAUUAACCUCAGACAGGGGACUGCCAGCCCUCAGACACAUCUUUGACAACGUCAAGUUCAAGGGGAAAGGGCACGAGGCAGAGGACCUGAAGACACUCAUCCAGCAUAUGGAGCACUGGGCACACAGACUGUUCCCACAGCUGCAGUUUGAGGAUUUCAUUGACAGAGUGGAGAAUCUGGGAAACAAAAAGGAAGUGCAGACCUGCCUAAAGAGGAUUAGACUUGACCUUCCUAUUUUACAUGAAGACUACAAAAAUAAUGAAGAAGGAGAAGGGGAAAGCAAUGGACUGGAUGCAGCUGCUGCAGAUGCACAUUCCAGCUCUGGGAAUGCAGAAGAACUGCAAUGCCUGCCUGGCACGGCUCUCACAGAGGAGCAGCAGGAGCGGAUGAAGAAGAACAGGCAGCUGGCACUGGAGAGGAGGCAGGCGAGGCUGCAGGGGCUCAGCCAGGCCCAGCCCAGCCAGGCCCAGCUCAGUGAGCUGCCCCCCAGUUCCUCAGGAGAGGAGCUGCUCACUCAGGACCCCGCUGACCUUACUGAAGACAUUCCAGUUCCUGCAGCUGCUCUUACAGAGGAUGGAGAUGGAGCGUUGGGAUGUGCCAGGGAAGAGCAGUAGCUGUUCCCACACUCUGGAGGCCUUUUUGACCCACAGACCCUCCUGGUUUAAGUCCUGUGAUUACACUGGGGUGUUGCUGGCUCGCUGCAUCCACGAGCUCCAGGGCCAUCCUCACCACGGCACUGCUGGACUGGGACAGAGCUCUUCCCUGCAAGCUGCAGAUGAGCAGCUCCACACACCAGGAAACAGAACAGACUUCUCCAGCUGCACUUAAACCGUCUUUUCCACCUCCCACGACAUUUUUAGGAUAUAUUGAGGUUUUUUACCUACUUUGCAUUUAGUUUAUAAUUUAUGCCAAACUGAAUUACCUCGGAUGUUGACAGGUGAAUUUCUAUUACAGUUGUGCUGCUUGGGGUUUUUUAACAGCUCUGUUUGGGUCUGAACAAGGGGACUGGGAUUUUUUAACAUGUUUAUGCAGACCUGCAUCUUUUUCUUAUAAAAUUAAAGUUAUUAAAUUUCAGAAGUCAAACCUGAAAUUCUUUUAUGAGGCUGUUCCAAGGCCAGGCCCUCCAACCUUCCCCAUCCCUUGGGUCACACCUCUCUUCCCAGACAGGUCCCUGCUCUCAGCCUUUGGUUUUGAGCAUAUCCCUGACCCUCCCUCACCUGAUUCUGCUCUGUGCUCGAGGCUCUGCUUCAUCCUCUUCUCACAGUCUGGUUUUUCCCUGCACAACAGCUUUUCCCUGCUGUGGAAUGAAGAGGAGUCACCCCCUCCAACAGCCAAAGUACUGAAUGAAGCAGUAACCUCCUGGACACGGGUGGAUUUUAUGCUGAUGUGCAGCUCUGGCAUUUCACUGCACAGAAUUCCCUGUUCCAGAUGCAUCCACAAUGAGUAUCUCUGCAUAUCCUCAUGCCAGCCACCAACUGACCCUGGAAACUGAAACAAAAUGGGAUAAUGGCCUGUUUGAGGAACAGCACAAUAGGAAAAAAUGUGACCAUUCACAUGGAUGCACUUCUUGGCAGCAACACUGAGUGACACUCCAUAAAACCGCUCCUGGAAUUUAAGCUGGGCAUUUAACAUCCAGCGUUAAAUCACACAGAAAAGAAGUUUACAUAGCAAAUCAUUCCUGCUGCUCUCUGGGAACAGGGAUAACACAGGUAGGAAACCUUGCUUUUGCUUCAUGAGUCUUCUGUCAGCAGUUACUCUCAUCCAAGAAAAUACUCAGCACUGAUGAGAGAUAAAUAUUACAAGAGCUCUCUAGUGGGGAAAUGUGUCAACAACAAACGAUUUCAGGAAUGCAUUUUUCAUGUUUAAAGAAAAAAAUCCAACCCCAAUCUUCUGUGAUU